UUACAUGAGUCCUAAUAUGAUUUGAGCAGCCGCAUGCGGAGUGGAAUCCGAUUUAUUUGUGCAGAUAUAUUUUAAUAAGGAGUAAUAAAUUUAAGUAAAAUCACACAAUAGGAAUUGUUGUAACAGAUUCUCAUGCAUCCUUUAUUUUCUUUCCAAACAUAAAAAAUUGCAUUCUCUAAAAGGUUCCCAGAUUCUUCCUGCAAUCUCGAGUUCCUAAUCUGAAACCAUCCAAAUUAAUUAGCUAAUUAAAAUCCCAAAGAGAGAAGAUAAUAAUAUCCCCAUCGACAUAAUGGGAUUGAAAUCUCUCUUCUGCAAGAAGAAGCGGCUGGCGAACGACGACGGGGCGGUGGGGUCCAUAGGCUCGAGAACGCCGUCGUUCAACAACCGGGCCCGCGUGGAGGAGGAGCUGGAGCAGGUUUUCAAGAAGUUCGACGUGAACGGCGACGGAAAGAUCUCGGCGGCGGAGCUCGGGUCGAUCAUGGGCAGCCUGGGCCACGUGGCGACGGAGGAGGAGCUCGGCGACAUGAUCCGGGAGGUGGACGCCGACGGCGACGGCUUCAUCGAUCUCCGGGAGUUCAUCGAGCUGAACACGAAGGACGUCGGCUCCGACGAGGUGAUGGAGAAUCUCAAGGACGCCUUCUCCGUGUUCGACGCCGACAAGAGCGGCUCCAUCUCCGCCGACGAGCUCCAGAACGUGAUGCGGAGCAUCGGCGAGGAAUGCUCGCUCGCCGAGUGCCGGAAGAUGAUCAGCGGCGUCGACCGCGACGGCGACGGGAUGAUCGAUUUCGAGGAGUUUAAGGUCAUGAUGACGACGGGGUCCCACUUAGACUCCUCCUUGGAUUCAAAGAUUGGGUAAUUAUAUUAUUAUUAUUAUUAUUAUAUGUCUUCUUGGUGAUCCUUUUUUAGAUAUGGAAUCAAGAAAAUUGUUUAGAAUUUUUGGUUAUCGAAAACGUUUUGGUUUUUAGUUUUGAUUCUGAUACUCUAAUAAAUUAAUGCUAACGAUCUUUGUUUUUUCAUUCUUCUUAAUGAGAUUUAUUUUCGAUUGAUUAUAAUGCGUG